AUGAGCCAGUCAGACUCUGCCGAUGACCCAGAUCCCAGCCCUGAGCCCCUAUGUGUGGUGUGUGGCCAAGCCCACUCCCCCGAGGAAAAUCACUUCUACACCUACACAGACGAUGUGGACGAUGACCUCAUAUGCCACAUCUGCCUGCAAGCUUUGCUGGACCCUCUGGACACUCCCUGUGGACACACCUACUGCACUCUCUGCCUCACCAACUUCCUGGUGAGUCAGGACUUCUGCCCCCUGGACCGCAAGCCCCUGGUCCUCCAGCACUGCAAGAAGUCCAGCAUCCUGGUCCACAAGCUGCUCAACAAGCUCACGGUGACCUGCCCGUUCGCAGAGCACUGCACGGAGGUGUUGCAGCGCUGUGAUCUGGAGCAUCACUUCCAAACCAGGUAG